AAUAUAGAGUAACUCUUUUCUCAAAGAAGCCCAAAACAAAUAGAUAGAUGAAUUUGCCGUUUAUUUAUUUAUCCCUCUCUUAGCCAUCGUUGUUCAUAAUCAUUACACAUCAUAGGCUCUCUCUCUAGGGUUUGAUCAGACUCAAGGGUUUAAGCCAUGGGAAAAAGGAAGGCAAAGGCAAAGCCUCCUCCAAAGAAGCGAAUGGAUAAGCUCGAUACCGUCUUCAGCUGCCCUUUCUGCAAUCAUGGCAGCAGCGUCGAAUGCCGCCUUGACAUGAAGAACUUGAUAGGGGAAGCUAUUUGCGGGAUAUGCCAAGAGAGCUUUAGCACUACCAUCACAGCUUUAUCAGAGCCAAUAGACAUAUACAGUGAGUGGAUUGAUGAAUGUGAACUGGUAAACCACCCGGACGAUGAUGGUGCUGAGCACUGAUGCUCAGAUUCCUGUUCUUGUGGUUGUGAACGGAUUAACUGGCCAAUUUUAUAUCUUCAACCUGUAACUAUGUCGGUUCCUGAUGUGAGUGAGCACUGGUGCAACUAUAAGAUGCAUGUAAUAGCUUAGUUAUGUAAUAGCAUGUGCAAGAACAUGAGAAUAAUUGUCCUAUUUAGAUGAAGCCCCCUGGAUUAGAAGCUAGUCUGUAAUAUCUAAUACUAUUAUACUGUUUCUGUAUGUGUGCGCUGGUUGCAUAUGUAAAGAGUGUGUUUUUCUUCUCCUUUGGAAGUGACUUGGGAGAAAGGGGUUAAUAUAUAGCUUGAUGAUGGGCUUCAGUUUGGAUUAA